GUUUAGUCGACACAAUAUAUUCCGUACCAAAUUGACAGUUGUUAUUGUUUCCAAGUGUUGUUUUAAAAGGAAGAUCUAAAAGGCUGCUGCUGCCUAGCCAUCCGGUGAGCAAGUACUCCUGAUGGUGUGCAUUCGAUGCCUGCCCAGGCCUGAAGCUGCUCACGUGUCCGGUGGCAGAACAUGCCGAGUCCACGCUUUACCCGCUGCUUUAAAGGUAUCUUGGAUGUCGUCCAUGAUACAGAGAAGAUAAGAGCUGCUCAUAUUGUACUAGCUUCAAACAUUCCAACAACUAUUACGGGACUGUUAUAUCACCAGCAAUAUUUACACAGUUGCAACUAUAUAAAUAUGAUCCAAAUUGUAAUAGAGUUCUGCUUAUAGUAGUAUCAGAAUAUCCACUAAUAGCUUCACAACUACCUAACGGGGCCUAUAAUAUGUAGCAAGAAAUCAACAUUUAUUAACUGGAGAUAUGGAAUUAUAUCAGCUGAUGGUCGAGUACUUAUUACAUUAUACAUAUAUCUAGCAGACGGAAUCAAAGAUUAUUAAAAAUAUAUCACUGUCCGAAAGCCCAAUCAACUUUCCGGAAAAUACAACUAGCUACGAUAUUCAAUAACAAUGAAAAUUAAGAUCCACCAAACCAAAAACCAGAUCAGAUGCAUCGACUGCGUGAAAAGCUUCAACGUUCGAGUGAAAAUGCUACAGAAAGCUCGCUGGCAUGGCCGUUCUGCGAGCGGUGCUGCGGAGAGAGACGGCAGCAACGGCAAGAGCAGCAGCAGCCUGGCAUCGUAGCUUUUUAUCGCUCGUGCAUGGAUUCAGUAUCUGAUUUGUCGUCGUAUCGUUUUGUCUCCGAUGAAGAGGAAGCCAAUGAUAAUGUUGUUGAUGCUAAUGAUGACGUUAGUGUUGGCUCGCUGUCGCUGCCGUGUGUAGAAAUAGAACAAAAGAAGUCAAAAACAUCAACUAUAGCACAAUACACAAAAACAUCGGCAACGAAUAAGGCCUCAAAAGUUGAGGUGCCGCACGCGUCAGCAUUUUCUCUACCGGAUGAUAUUCGCAGUGUGUUACCAAUAAUUCGUGGUUGUAAUAAUAACAAAGUUAUUUUGCGGCAGACACAGGAGCAGCAUUUACUAAAGGUCUCUACAUCUUUUAGAAAAAAUCAUGCUCCAAUUGGGCAUAGUCCUAAUGACUCGUGCCGUUGUAGCAGGGACUAUAAUUUUAGACCUUAUUUACGUUGUGGUCGUCGGAAUCCACAACCAGUGCAGCCCAAACCCAAAUCUCGCCCUCGAAUUUGCUUUGGAGUGACCGCUUGCGGUAGCAAUCAUAUCGUCGAGCCUGCACUAAAAAUACCCCGAUUGGAAAGGUGUCAAAAGCAUCGACAUGUCCACCCAUUGAGUUGUGUGCCGCUUAAAAAACCAUUGGUGUUGACAAAUACUCAUUUUCUAAGACGUGGACCCAGAAGCUGCUCAGAUUUAAAAUACAUUUACUCAUACGGUAACGGCUGCACGCAAGUGACAGCUGAAAAUAGCUCUGACUCAACGUCGCGUAAGAAAUUGCAAUGGAAAUCAACAUGCAUACUACGCUACGAUCGUAAUGAACAUCUUAAAAAAGACUUUAAUCAAAAGAGAAACUCGGAACAAAAACAGAGGCUGAAAACAGCAGGGGAAACAGGAAAUUUAUCAACAAGCUAUUUGGCUGCCACAAUAAAUAGGGACGAAACAAGUGAAUAUUUCAAUAUAGCACGGCGAUUUAAAAAUGAAGAAAGUAAAUAUAUUGACUCUUAUAAAAGGCUAAAGUCGAACGGGUUUGAUUUAUCGAAAUCAUAUAGAACCAAAGCUAAAUUAAAAAUAUCUGACGAUAGUGCUGUCCAUAUAGAUUUAAAUUCACCAGAUGAACCAAUUACAAAUCGUAGCGAAAAGUCAUUGUUUUUUCAUAAUUUUGAUAAGAGCUGUUCCCAAUCGAACAUUUCCUCUAAUAUUUCGUUGCAUUGAACCUUCGCCAGCAUAUCGGUGGAUAAUUUAAGAUAUACCAACUGUUUCAAAGUGAAAAACUCAACACCUCAGCAUACAAACACUCCACUGCAAAUCAAGCAUCUUCCAAGUAUUCAAACUUUUGACAAUUC